CGCGCUUUAAAAGCCUGUCCCGCGGCGCGUGGAGGCGCGGAGACCAGUGCGCCCCAGCCCCGGCAGCCCGCCGAGCAGUGUCAUGGCGGAGCAGGUGGCCCUGGUAAUCGGGGGCCUCGCUGGGGGGCUGCUGCUGCUACUGCUAUUGAUCUGGGUGAGCUGCUGUCUCUGGAAGAGGCUUUGUGCCAUGUUCACCUAUGAGGAGCUGCCAGGGACCACAGCCGCGUCCAGCACACAAGGGGACAAGUUCUGCCCGCCAUAUGCCGCCAGGACCCAGACAAGCAGGCCACCAGGUGUGCCAUUCGUGGUGCCCCCUUCCUUCCAAGACCGAGACUGGGUACCCCUGAACAGUGGAGAGUGGGCUCAGGUCCCACGGGACCCCUGCCCAGCCCCGGAGCUCCUGCCCCACACCUCCAGCAGCAACCUUGGCAUGGUGGGGACCAUCAACCCAGAGCUAUACAAGUUCCUAGAGGACACGAGUGAGACGGACUUCCCUGAGGGUUGCCUGGGGCGGCUGUGGUUCUCCUUGGAAUACCAGCAGGAAGCCGAGCGGCUGUUGGUGGGCUUGAUCAAGGCGCGGAGGCUGCAAGGCCCCUCAGAGACCUGCAGCCCCCUGGUGAAGCUUCAUCUGCUGCCCGACGAGCGGCGCUUCCUCCAGUCCAAGACCAAACGCAAGACCUCCAACCCACAGUUUGAUGAGCACUUCAUCUUCCAGGUGUCCAGCAAGAGCAUCACUCAAAGGGUACUCAGGUUCUCCGUGUACCACGUGGACAGACAGAGGAAGCACCAGCUCCUGGGCCAGGUGUUCUUCCCCCUGAAAAACGAGACCCUGGCAGGUGACUGCCGGCGCCUCAUCUGGAGAGACCUGGAGGCUGAGAGCCUGGAGCCUCCCUCUGAGUUUGGAGACCUGCAGUUCUGCCUCGGCUACAACGACUGCCUGCGCCGCCUGACCGUGGUCGUACUUCGAGCCAAGGGCCUCCAGCUCCAGGAGGACACGAGUUUUGUCAGUGUGUGUGUCAAAGUGUCUCUGAUGAACCACAACAAGUUUGUCAAGUGCAAGAAGACUUCGGCUGUCCUGGGCUCCGCCAACCCCGUGUACAGCGAGACUUUCAGCUUCAAGGCCGACCCCGCUGAGCUGGACACUGCCAGCCUCAGCCUGACCGUGCUGCAGGGCGCCGAAGGAGAGAAGAGCCACGCGCUGGGCCGGGUGGUGGUGGGCCCCUACAUGUAUGCCCGGGGCAAGCAGCUGGAGCACUGGAACGAGAUGUUCAGCAAGCCCAAGGAGCUGGUGAAGCGCUGGCAUGCCCUCUGUCGCACCACUGAGCCCUGACCCGGCUCACGCCCUCGGGUCUGCGGGGGGAGCCUGCUCUCCUCUCCCCUGUGGCAGCCGCAGGCCUGGAUGCUCCAGCCAGCAUCUUGCUGGGCUGCCAGGCCGGCCGGAGCCAGGGCACUGUGAGUGCCACCACGCAGGAGAGAAGGGACGAGGGAGCCCCAGCCAGCUCGGCAGCAUGGCUGGCUGCCACCCACCAGCCUCAGGUACCCUCCCGACUCACUCCAUCCUCCUCUCCCCGUGGGGCUGCCUGGGCUCCGAAUCCCAGGCACCACAGUCCCGAUAUGGACCGGAAUCUCAGGCAUUCAGAAGAAAUACUCUAUUCAGCGAUAGCAGAGCUCUGUGUGCUCACUGGAAACUUAGGCUCCACCAUCCCGGAAAGCUGAUGGCAUAUUGAUGCUAAACCUAUAUGGGCUCUGGUUUCCCUGCCUUCCGCUUAGCAGAGAACACAGACUGCGCCGGGGGAAUAAUGGGGUGCAGGGGGCGCCCAAAGCACUGAUUUCAGUUGGUCCACAAUAAAUAGCACAGUCUCAGAGUUGGGUUGGGCACUUUGGUGUGGAACAGCCCCAGGAUUCCUGGGCAGCACGGCGUGCCCACAGCUCAGGAGAGAAAGCUCUCAGGGAUCAAGACUCGCUGGCUUUAGGACCUGGGAAAUAACAUUGGCAACAGCCCACCCAGGUACCAAGUGGUGGACGUGUUCUCAGCAUCCUGUCCCUGUGCCAGGGAGGAGGCCUUCACCUGUGUUAGGUCCCUCCCAGGGCUGGGUCAGACCCUGGCCCACGUCAUGCCACAUCUUGCCCAUAAUCCAAGCCUCACGCCCCUGGUCUUACAGGUGUUCUAGUGGCUUCUGUGGUCUCCCUGGUUGACAGCAUUCAGCUCCUUGGGGCUCUCACUUUAGGCAGGAAAUGGUGAAAGCAUGCGGUCAAAAGCGUAGCCCGCAGGGCUGAGAGCUUUUCCCAUAAACCUAAGUGAUUUCAUUAUGGGGACUGUGUUGUGGCAGGUGUCUAUGUGAAGUUCAUUAAAAUGGAAGUCCCCACAAACCACAGUCAUCCGAUCCCCGUGAAGUUGUACUCAAGGUAAUGAGCAGCCAUCGCAUCUGUCUCUGUUAACAGGCAACCUGCAUUUUCACCCAAAUGCUGUUGAACUUGCGGGGUCAACACACCGUAUUGUGAAAAUGGAACAAACUUUAAACCCGUGUUGUCUCUUUUCUUAUGCAGUGAAGCAACUUCAGCAAAAGAAAGUAGCCAUCAUUAUUCUCUGUUUGUGCCCCUUUAACUUCGCUUCCGAUCUGAUCUCUGUCAAUGCAUAAAGACUCACUUUACCUGGCA